GGGGCUCCUCCUCGAUGGCCGCGGGCUGCAGAGACGGCCCGGGGCAGGAAAAGUACCGGCUGGUGGUGGUGGGCGGCGGCGGCGUGGGCAAGUCCGCCCUCACCAUCCAGUUCAUCCAGUCCUACUUUGUAACUGACUAUGACCCAACAAUUGAAGAUUCCUACACGAAACAAUGUGUGAUAGAUGAGAGAGCAGCAAGGCUGGACAUCCUAGAUACAGCAGGCCAAGAAGAAUUUGGAGCCAUGCGGGAGCAGUACAUGAGGACAGGAGAAGGCUUUCUGCUGGUGUUCUCAGUCACCGAUAGAGGAAGUUUUGAAGAAAUUUAUAAGUUUCAAAGGCAGAUCCUUAGAGUGAAAGAUCGUGAUGAAUUCCCUAUGAUUCUUAUUGGUAACAAAGCAGAUUUGGACCAUCAAAGACAGGUAACACAAGAGGAAGGGCAGCAGCUAGCAAGACAGCUUAAAGUAACGUAUAUGGAAGCAUCAGCAAAAAUACGACUAAAUGUAGACCAAGCAUUUCAUGAACUUGUCAGAGUUAUAAGGAAAUUUCAAGAACAAGAAUGCCCACCUUCCCCAGAGCCAACAAGGAAGGAAAAGGACAAGAAAGGAUGCCAUUGUGUCAUCUUCUAAGAAUCCUCUAAGCCAAGCUAUCAACUGCCAGAUCAAUGGAUUCUUUCACCUGCUUUUCUAUGUCUCCCUUGGUGUUUUGUCUAGCCUUAUAUGUGCAUGUUGUAUAAAUGGUCACCAAAAUAGCCUUAGUCUGAAACAAACCGGCUGACCCAGUCCUAGAAGACAACUUGGUCAUCUCAGGGCAGAUGUCAAACACUAAGGCUUUUU